ACAAGAACCUUCUCUGAAACCGCCCUCUUCUUCUGAGAAGUGAGAACUGAAAUCCCACCACAAUAUAUAAAUACUCAGAGCGGCCAUUGAUUUUCUCCAUCAAUUUCUUUUAUUUCUCUGUAAUCGAGUCGGUAAAGGGUUGAAAGAGUGAAAAUGUUUCGUCUGAGUAACAAUCUUGUUGGGAUCUUAAAUUUCAUAACCUUCCUUCUCUCGAUUCCGAUCUUAGGAGCAGGGAUAUGGCUGAGCACCAAGGCGGAUACGAUUUGUGAGAAGUUUUUAGAAAAGCCCGUCAUAGCUUUAGGCGUUUUUCUUAUGGUUGUCUCUCUUGCGGGACUCAUCGGUGCUUGUUGCCGUGUUCAAUGGCUUCUCUGGGUUUAUCUUCUUGUGAUGUUUGUUCUCAUUGUUCUUCUCUUCGGUUUAACUAUCUUCGCUUUCGUUGUGACUAACAAGGGUGCUGGGGAGGCUGUUUCUGGUAAAGGGUAUAAGGAGUAUAAGUUGGGAGACUAUUCCAAUUGGUUGCAGAAUAGGGUUAACAACACCAAGAACUGGAACAACAUCAAGAGUUGCUUGAUGGACAGCAAGGUUUGCCAGACUCUUGCUAACCAGACUGGGAAUGAGAACGUACAGCAGUUCUAUAAAACGAACUUGUCUCCAAUUCAGUCUGGUUGCUGUAAGCCCCCAACCUCAUGUAAUUUCACCUACGUUACCCCAAUUGAAUGGACCAAAACAGACACCACAAGCUCCACUGACUCUGACUGCACAGCUUGGAACAACACUGAUCUCUGCUACAACUGCCAAUCUUGCAAGGCUGGAGUGCUACAAAACAUCAAGAGUGAUUGGAAGAAGGUAGCCAUUGUCAACAUCAUCUUCCUCGUCUUCCUGAUCAUAGUCUACUCCAUUGGUUGCUGUGCAUUCAGGAACAACAGGAGGGAGAAUGGUUAUUCCGGAUGGAAGGGUCACCCAUAGAAUCUCUAUCUGAUUGGGUUACUUUGUUGUAGAGAAUGGGAGAGAUAGAGAACUUAUAUUUCUAAUUUCUUUCCUUGACUCUGUUUUCCAUUUGAUUUCUAGUAGAUAGUUAGAUGGACAUACUUGUGUUUCUUGUAUAGCUUUGUUUGUUGGUAUUUCAUUUUAUGUAAUCUAUUUGCCUCGUUUAUGCAUAUCUGUUCCUACUUU